AUGCACUCGAGCGGAGAAGAGACCGAGGACGGAGGAGGACUGCACAGCUCCUCGGCUCCUGGGCUCAGUGUUCAGUUUUACAUGCGACAACUAAGUAAAACCAAAUAUGCAAAUGUGGUCUUUGUUUCUGAUUCCUUCCAGGGGAAUUGCAUGCAAACCAGACUGAAACAAUACCAACUUCCAUCCGGUCUGACCGUCAACAGUGUUUAUGGGGGGGGGGGGGGGGCAAGUGUCGGGAGGGGGGGUGGCAUUGGCAAAGGGGGGUGGGCAUGGGAACAGAGAAAGGGGUGCUUUGACUCUAUCAUGAAAUGA